AUGGCUGCUCACGUGGAAGAUGGCAAGCUGAUGAUCCACUGUUUUCAAGAUAGCUUGAGUGGGGCUCCUUCCAAAUGCUAUUUGAGACUGGAUCAUAGUAGGAUCAGAUGCUUCCAAGACCUAUCAGAUGCGUUCAUCAAACACUACAAAUACAAUAUGGACAUGGCACCUGAUAGAAGACAACUGCAAAGCAUGUUCCAGCGUGAUAAAGAAUCUUUCAAGGAAUAUGCUCAGAGAUGGAGAGAAUUGGCUUCUCAAGUUGAACCACAUAUUGUCGAAAAAGAGAUUGUUGAACUAUUCAUUGAUAUUCUGGCCGGAACUUCAAAUGUUAAUUCGAAGAAAUUUUCUGGAGGGUUUCCCAAAAAGAAAGAAGGUGACACCAAUGCGCCUAUAUAUCCCGCUCAGUACACCCCACAGUCAUUCAUAGCCGUUGUGACACCCGCUUUCAAUCAACAACCUACUCGGGCUUAUCAACCAACUCAUAUUUAUCGACCAGUUCCAAUUCAACAACGUGCUCCUGUUCCCCUAGUUUAUCAGCAAGCGCCAACAACCCCUACCUAUCAACAACCGAGAGCUCAAGCUCCAAGACAAAAUGCUCAGACUCAAAACAGGAGACAGGGGGAUAGGGAAACUUUUAAUCCAAUCCUAAUGUCAUAUACCGAGCUUUAUCCCUCUUUGUUGCAAAAAGGUUUGGUAGUUCCUAGACCUAUGGGACCUCCACAUGGUCGUUUGCCUCCAUGGUGUAACCCUAAUGCACAUUGUCCUUUUCGUGAGGGUGCCCCCAAGCAUGACCUAGAGGGUUGCUAUGCUUUGAAGCAUAGGGUGCAUGAGCUGAUUGAUAGCAAGAUUCUAUCUUUUAGAGAUAUGGGACCAAAUGUGAAAGAUAAUCCUCUUCCACUCCAUGGAAACCCUACAGUGGACGCGAUUGAGAAUUCCUCUGAUGGUGUUGUGGUUGAGAAGGUUGAUAAUGUUAAAACUCCUUUGGUAGCAUUCCAUGCUCGAUUAGUGGAAGUUGACCUGAUUAAUGAUUGUCAUGAUAGUUGUGAAGAGUGUGCCAUGCAUCCAAGGGGGUUUCAGAUGGUAUGUGAUAAUAUUCAAGACUUGAUGAACAAAGGAGUGCUUCAAAUCUCCAGUGCUGCAAGAAAUAAAGUUGUGUCAGUAAUUGAACCUUGCUUCAAUUUACCCAAAACAGUUGAGAUCCCUUACUAUAGUAAGACAAGUGUGCCUGCGAAUAGUCAUCCGUCACCUGAUGUGAUUUGUAUUCCUACGCUGUUUCCAUUUGAGAACACUAAGGAUGUGCCUUGGAAAUAUGAGAUUACUGUUGUGGAUAAGAUCUUUGAAGGAAUUUAA